UGUGGCCACUGGAUCCCAUGGUUUUGAGGCGCCAUGAGACCCGCUGGCUCUUGGAAGCUUUGGUUCUGGGCAGCGAUGCUCCUGCUUCCUGCUUCCGCUUCCGUGGUGAGCAGGGACAAGCCAGAGAAACAAUGUCCUAUACUGAGGAAAGAGGGACACCAGUUUACAAUAGACUACAGAGAUAAAGUUGAAGUUUCAGGUUUUGACCUAGGAGAGCGCUUUUCUCUGAGACGUGUGUUUUGUGAAGGUGAUAAAACUUGUAUCAAAUUGGGAAGUUCACGUCUUAUUAGAGACACCAUUAAGGUGUUUCCCAAAGGCCUUCCUGAGGAGUUCGCCAUAGCAGCUGUGUUUCGGGUACGAAGAAACACCAAAAAGGAACGGUGGUUUCUGUGGCAGGUUUUAAACCAGCAGAAUAUGCCACAGGUUUCUAUAGUAGUUGAUGGUGGAAAGAAGAUGGUGGAAUUUAUGUUCCAAGCUGUGGAGGGAGAUGUGUUGAACUACGUUUUUAAAAAUCGAGAACUCCGUCCUUUGUUUGAUCGUCAGUGGCAUAAACUUGGCUUCAGUAUACAAUCCCGGGCCAUUUCGGUCUAUACGGACUGUAACUUAGUUGCAAGCCGGCAUAUUGAUGGAAAGGGCACUGUGGACUUCCACGGAAGGACUGUUAUUGCAACCCGAGCUUCAGAUGGCAGGCCUGUGGACGUUGAAAUUCACCAACUUCAAAUCUACUGUAACUCGAACUUCAUAGCUCAAGAAACGUGUUGUGAGAUAUCAGCCCCUAAGUGCCCAGAGCAGCAUAGCUUUGGAAGUACUGCAGCAUCAUUGGUACCCGCUCAUGCCAGUAGAAUGUCUGCAUUUCUGCCAGCGAAGCAGGAACUUACAGACCAGUGCCAGUGCAUUCCAAACAAGGGAGAAGCAGGAUUACUGGGAGUUCCAGGCUCACCUGGACAGAAGGGGGACAAAGGAGAGCAGGGCGAAAAUGGUUUACAUGGAGCUCCAGGCUUACCUGGUCAAAAGGGAGAGCAAGGCUUCGAAGGUAGCAAAGGAGAAAUUGGUGGAAAGGGUGCACAAGGAGAAAAAGGAGAUCCAGGUUUGGCCGGAGUUAAUGGGCAAGAUGGUUUGAAAGGUGACGUGGGUCCGCAUGGUCCACCUGGCCCAAAAGGAGAAAAGGGAGAUCUGGGACCUCCAGGACCGCCAGCCUUAACUGGCUCCCUGGGGAUCCAAGGCCCCCAAGGUCCACCUGGGAAAGAGGGUCAGAGGGGAAGACGAGGAAAACCAGGUCCUCCAGGAAAACCAGGGCCUCCAGGACCACCUGGACCUCCUGGAAUACAAGGAAUGCAACAGCCUCUUGAUGGAUAUUAUCACAAGGGAAACCUUGGUGAGCAUGGAGCUGGUGGCCCAAAAGGAGAGAAGGGUGAAAUUGGACCACCAGGAUUUCCAGGCUCUAUUGGCCCUAAAGGUGAAAAAGGAGAAUCUGGUGAACCCUUUACAAAAGGUGAAAAGGGAGAUAGAGGAGAACCUGGAAUAAGAGGAUCACAGGGAAUAAAGGGCGAGCCUGGAGAUCCUAGCCCCCCUGGUGUACUAGGAAGCUCAGGACUAGAGGGUCAACAAGGACCCGCAGGCCCUAUGGGACCCAGAGGACCACCAGGAGAUACUGGAUUGCCAGGAGAACACGGUAUCCCAGGAAAACAAGGCAUUAAGGGAGAAAAGGGAGACCCAGGUGGGAUUAUAGGCCCUCCUGGACUUCCAGGUCCAAAAGGUGAGGCUGGUCCUCCAGGAAAAAGCCUGCCAGGGGAACCAGGAUUAGAUGGAAAUCCUGGAGCACCUGGUCCGCGAGGGCCAAAGGGAGAAAGAGGACUGCCAGGUAUCCACGGCUCCCCAGGUGACAUAGGCCCCCCAGGGAUAGGAAUUCCUGGCCGAACUGGCUCCCAAGGCCCAGCUGGAGAGCCAGGGAUUCAGGGUCCUCGAGGUCUCCCUGGGUUGCCAGGAGCUCCAGGGACCCCAGGGAAUGAUGGAGCUCCUGGGAGGGAUGGAAAGCCAGGUCUGCCAGGCCCCCCAGGUGACCCGAUUGCACUUCCUCUCUUGGGAGACAUUGGGGCCUUGUUCAAGAACUUCUGUGGCAACUGCCAAGCCAGUGUCCCUGGGCUGAAAAGCAACAAAGGAGAAGAAGCAGGUGCCGGUGAGCCCGGACAGUUUGAUUCUGUAGCCCAGAAGGGCGAUGUAGGGCCACGAGGUCCUCCAGGAGUCCCAGGCAGAGAGGGACCAAAGGGGAGCAAAGGAGAGCGAGGCUACCCCGGGAUACGUGGGGAGAAAGGCAAUGAGGGUCUUCAAGGCAUUCCGGGCCUUCCAGGUGCUCCUGGCCCGACUGGACCCCCUGGCUUGUUGGGAAGAACGGGACAUCCUGGCCCCUCGGGAACAAAGGGUAACAAGGGCAGCGAGGGACCCCCUGGGAGACCCGGACCACCUGGACCACCUGGUGUACCAUUCAAUGAAGGAAAUGGAAUGAGCAGUUUAUAUAAAAUCCAGGGAGGUGUGAACGCUCCCAGUUUUCCAGGGCCACCUGGCCCCCCUGGCCCCAAAGGUGAUCCUGGCCCAGUGGGAGAACCUGGUGUGAUGGGGUUGCCAGGAUUAGAAGGAUUUCCUGGUAUAAAGGGAGAUCGAGGCCCGGCAGGUCCCCCUGGAGUGGCGGGAAUCUCGGGGAAACCCGGAGCCCCAGGCCCUCCAGGAAUUCCAGGAGAACCGGGUGAGAGAGGGCCUGUUGGAGACAUAGGUUUCCCUGGAUCAGAAGGACCCUCAGGAAAGCCUGGAAUAAAUGGGAAAGAUGGAUUACCAGGUGCGCAGGGCAUCAUGGGUAAGCCUGGAGAGAGAGGCCCCAAAGGAGAACGGGGUGAUCAGGGGAUUCCAGGAGACCGAGGCCCACAGGGUGAACGCGGAAAACCAGGCCUUCCAGGCAUAAAGGGAGCCAUAGGUCCUAUGGGACCCCCAGGAAAUAAGGGCUCCCCGGGAUCCCCAGGGCACCAAGGCCUUCCAGGCCACCCAGGCCUCCCCGGCUCCCCGGCUGAUGUGGUUUCAUUUGAAGAAAUAAAGAAGUAUAUUAAUCAAGAGGUUCUGAGGAUUUUUGAAGAGAGGAUGGCUGUGUUCCUGUCUCAGCUCAAGCUGCCAGCAGCAAUGCUGGCUGCCCAAGCUCAUGGGAGGCCUGGUCCACCAGGAAAGGAUGGGUUGCCUGGGCCACCAGGAGACCCUGGGCCCCAAGGCUACCGAGGACAGAAGGGAGAAAGAGGGGAACCGGGAAUGGGGCUUCCAGGGAGCCCAGGACUUCCUGGGACCUCAGCUCCGGGCCUGCCAGGCUCACCAGGUGCCCCAGGGCCCCAGGGCCCCCCAGGACCCAGUGGAAGGUGUAACCCAGGAGACUGCCUGUAUCCCGUCUCUCACGCCCGUCAGCAGACAGGUGGGAAAUAACCAUACCUGAGGACGACUUGAUUCCCAGCCAUCCCUCCUGCUGUUGGAGCUUUCUUAGUACUGUCAGACCCUCAUGAUUCAUGGGUGACUUUUUUUUUGAUGUAGGCCAGACAUUAAGAGCAAAAAUUGGAAUCCUAUUCCUAUAGUAAUGGUGAGAUCAGUCUUUUUAGAAUUUUUCCAAAUUCAUUCCAUGUGUCUUGUUUCACCAUUAUUAUGAUUUUUAUUCAGAGUUUUCUAUGAAAUAUGCAAGCAAAUCAUAUCAUUAGUUCUUCUUCAAGAGGAAAUGACAUCUUAUGAUUUAGCAGACUGACGGCGAUGUACGUCUUAUAAUCCCAUCGACUUGUAUCUGGCCUUUGAUUUCUGAAUUUUACAGUUUCAGACUUACCUGAAAGUUUUCUUGGUGUUUAAAUUUACUAGCAUUGCUAAAAAUCUCAUCACCUUUUUUGAUAUAGUGCAUUGUUCCUGCUGAAUGUUUUUUGACUACUUUUUAUAGCUUAAGAAUUCUUAUACCGUCCUGUAUCCGUUCUACUUAUGCAGAGAAAUAGAUAGGCAAUAAGACCUUCACUUCAUAACUUAUAUUUU